UACCAUGGGGAAACCUUGCUUUAUGUCCAUGAACCAAGGAAAUCAAAGGACAAGGAUGAACCGCCUAGUGAUGAGAAAAAAGGUGAAGUUUGCGAAAAUUUCUGUGCGAAGGAAUCUCCGUACAUUGCGGAAGAUAGUCCCGGGUUGUGACGGUGCCGAUUUGGAGACGCUGUUUCGGAGGUCUGUCGAGCACAUUAUCGGAUUGAAGUCACUUGUUUGUGUUCUCAAAAGGAUGGCUAACUCUUAUGGUGUAUGACUGCAGUUGUUCCUUUGUGUAUUAUUAUCUACAUUUUCAGCAACAUAUAGAGAUGACCAAGUAGAUUAUAUUUCUGAAAAUUAAAUUAAGCUAAGCAAUGUUAUUUAUGUAUUUUUUUUACAAAG